CAGCAGCGAGAUUCAGGACGCCGAGUGCACAGCUUUCCGGGAGAACCCGGGGCUACGCCCGCCCGAGGGCUGCUGAUGCGCCGCCUCCGUGCGCCCCUCGUCAGACGCCGGCGGUUACUGCUUCCGAGGUCAUUUGACUGGGACGCGUCUUUCGGUGCAGACUUGGCGCGCGCCUGCAGGAGCGGCGCCAACCUGCGCCCAAACCCGGGCAAAUGACUUCCCUCUGCCCUCGCUCAGUGCUCGGCUACCAUUUCCUUCCGUCUUUGCUCCGCUCUGUGUUUAACGGCGCGCGCCAGGCAAGACCGGGGACGGAGGCCGCAGGGCUCUCCUGGCCAGGCUCGCCCCUGAAUCCCACCCCGCGGGGGGCCGUGCAGCUCCCGGCGCUCCGGCCGCUGACCAGCGCCCGCAGUCUGAGCCGAGGUUGCCGCAGCGCCAGUAAUGUCGGGGCCCAGGCUGGAAGGACACGGCGUGGGGAGGCUGGGAGCCUGCAGGCCAACAAGGCACAAGUCAUCUCCCCCAGCAAACGGGCCCGGCCUGCGGAGGAGGGCGGCAUGCGGCUCCGCUUUGUCCGGCUUUCGGAGCACGCCACCGCUCCGACCAGGGGGUCCGAGCGCGCCGCGGGUUAUGACCUAUACAGUGCCUAUGAUUACACAGUACCACCUAUGGAGAAAGCCCUUGUGAAAACAGACAUUCAGAUAGCUCUUCCUUCUGGGUGCUAUGGGAGAGUAGCUCCACGUUCUGGCUUGGCUGCAAAACACUUCAUAGAUGUAGGAGCUGGUGUCAUAGAUGAAGAUUAUAGAGGAAAUGUUGGUGUUGUACUGUUUAAUUUUGGCAAAGAAAAGUUCGAAGUCAAAAAGGGUGAUCGAAUUGCACAGCUCAUUUGUGAACGGAUAUUUUACCCAGAAAUAGAGGAAGUUCAAGUUUUAGAUGACACUGAAAGGGGUUCAGGAGGUUUUGGUUCCACUGGAAAUAAUUAAAAUUUACGCCAAGAACAGAAAAUGAGAAAAUAUACUUUUUCCUUGAAAAUAAAGACUUUGCUUAAAGUGUUCUGGUGUUUUGCACUUCUGUAAACUUAACAGUUUUAGCUUCUAAAAAUACUUGGUUCUCUUAUGAUCAAGGAAAGGAUACCUCUGUUGGGAUCACAUAGAAACUUACUUUCUUGUGUUUUUCUGCAUUUGACUGUUAUAUAAAUCUGUGUGGUGACCUCACACAGUUUCUUUUAAAUUAAAUGCACAUCAGUUACCCCAAAACCUGUAUUAUUUAAUUCACUAUAUAUUAUCCCUUCAGUAACUUAUUUUUUAAUUGCUUUAUAUAUCAUAAGCAAUGCCUUUCAUUCAAUAAAUUUGAAUUCUUU